UAGACAAUCAACAAACUGAAAAAUGAAAAUGUCCGUCGUAAAAGAAACGUUUUAGUUUAGUUUCUUAAUGUAUAAUUAACGUGGCUUGCAAUGUGAAAUAUAUUUUGUAAUUUAUUUUUAUAAGAGUGUAGUAACUUCAACAAUGAUUGUUCAAGAACCAAUACAAGUGAUCGUUUGGGAUUGUCUCAAUAAUUAUGAGUAUGACAAUGCUAUAUUUUUGGCAGAGAGAUUGCACGCUGAAGUUUCAUCAGAAGAAACAGCAUUUUUGCUGGGUACAUGUUAUUACAGAUCAGGACGAGUGAAUGAAGCACAUAAUUUACUACAAAAUAUACUAUUAACAUUACCACAAGCAAGAUUUUUGUUAGCAAAAUGUUCAAUAGAUCUAAAACUCUAUAAAGAUGCUGAAAUAGCAAUAGGAUCAAAUCUGGAUAUUGUUGCAUCAGAAUUUGGAGAGCAAGCACCUUUUGCAUUACAAGUUCUUGCAAAGAUUUACAACAUUACAGAAAGAAGAAGUAAAGCUGCAGAUGCCCAUAGGAAAGCAUUAUCAUUAAAUCCUUUCAUGUGGAAAUCAUUUACGCAAUUAUGUAAUAUGGGUGAGAAAAUAGAUCCUCAUCAUGUGUUUCAAAUCAAUAAUACAGAGUUUUCAUUUGGAGUAACCUCAUUAAUGAAUCUAGUCAGUAAUUCAGAGAAUAUUUCAUUUGUUAAUACUAACAUUCCUAAUAAUACUAGUAUGAAUUCUAAUGUGACUCCAAAUAAUAUUAUUUCUCGGACACCCAUGACUAUGUCGACAAGCAUAACACCAGAAACACAAGCUCCGGUGAAACGUAUGCACAGUGUGUUCAGUGGCAUGGCACCAAUACCUUUUUCACCAUCAUUUGGCAUGUUGCCUAUGGAAGAGUCUCCGGUCUUAUAUACUCCAACACUUACUGAUUCCAAUGAACAAAAAGCUAUACCCAAGAUAGUGAAUUCUUUAAAAGCUCAAAUGUCAGCAGUGUUCAGUCCAGCUCCAAGGUGUUUGGGACCAGCUCCUCGACGAUCAUCUAGACUGUUUAGUAAUAACAAUAGUAGUUACUCAGUUAAAGAAAAUAAUAAAUCACCAAGCAGGAAAUUUGUAGCUCCUAAGAGUCCAUCAAGAAAAAAUAAGCAACGAUCUGCCAAAAACAUCAAGCCAAAUUCAGUUGAAACCAAUGAAAGAAACAAAAGUAUAGAAGCAGUGACACCUACUAUAACACCAAAGAAUUCUAAUGGCAUAGCAUUAUUACAUUUAUUGAAAGAAUUAGGUGACGCAUAUAAGGCACUAUCAUUUUUGGAAUGCAAGAAUGCAAUAAAAUUAUUCCAAGAUGUACCAUCAAGGCAGUUAGCUUCACCAUGGGUGCAAACUAUGAUUGCUCGUGCUCAUUAUGAAUUAGCCCAAUAUGAAGCAGCAGCAAAAAUUUUCUCUGAUAUUAGGAAACAAUUCCCUAGUCGCACAGAAGGCAUGGAUAUUUAUAGUACCUGUUUGUGGCAUUUACAGAAAGAAGCACAAUUAUCUUCGUUAGCCCAAGAGUUAGUAGAAUUAAAUAGAACAGAUCCCAUUGCAUGGUUAGCUUCUGGUAAUUGUUUUUCUCUUCAUAAAGAACGUGAAACCGCUCUCAAAUUCUUUAAACGAGCUGUACAGAUAGAACCAGAUAUGGCAUAUGCACAUGCAUUAUUAGGCCAUGAAUAUGCUGUUGCUGAGGAAAGUGACAAAGCUCUGGCAAGUUUUAGAACUGCAGUUAAUAUUGAUCCACGUAAUUAUGUUGCUUGGUUUGGUAUUGCAACAGUAUAUGCAAGACAAGAGCGCUGGAAAGCUUCAGAGGUUCAUAUUCGUCGCGCCCUUACUAUUCAUCCCCAUUCAGGUGUAUUAAGGUGUCAGCUAGGAUUAGCGCAAGCUGCUUUAGGUAAAAUGGAUAGAGCUCUAGCAACAUUGGAGAGAGCUGUUGCAUUGGACACAGAAAACCCAUUGUGUCGCUUUCAUAGGGCUUCUGUUUUAUUGCGUGCUGGUAGACCACAAGAUGCUUUGGCAGACCUCCAUCAUUUAAAAGAUAUUGCUCCAAGAGAAUCAUUAGUUUAUUAUUUGCUUGGAAAAGUCCACAACAAAUUAGGGAACACACACUUGGCACUUAUGCACUUCAGUUGGGCUACAGAUUUAGAUCCUAAAGGCACAGGUGGGCACAUUAAAGAGGGCUUUGAUCCCUCUAAACAAGAGGAUCUCCCGGAGAGAUCUUAAGUUUUUGACAGGUAUUAAAAUGAUUGAGGAUUGCAAAUUCGCCUAGGGGACCGGACGGCGGUGCGGUCAUACCUGACUGAUACCUUGUAAUUGUAAAUAUCGCGCUCACCUAUCGAGCUCCUCAUUGACACCAAAUUUCUUCCAAAUAAUAGCUUUAUGGGGUUCGAUGGGUGUGUGAUGGCAUUUAGUCACUGUAGUAGUAAGGGCGUUGUGGAACUGUUUAUAUAGAUUAAGUUGUGGAUAUUCCUAAUAUUAUCAAAGUAUAAAUAAUGUCUUGUAUAGCUUAAUUAUAGAAUGGUAAUGAAUAGGAUUUUUAAAAGUCGAUGCUUAAUAUUUGUGAGAUGAAGGCCCUUGAUCUCAAUCGGAAAUUGUGAAAUCAAAUUAACCAUUAUAAAAAUAAUUGACAUAAUAAUAAUAAUAAUGCCAUAGUAUAUUCGUGAUAACACAAUAUCUUACUGGUAGUAAAGGGUAUAUUUCUGAGUUUAUAAUAUUUAUAAAUUGUGUAUAGUGAAAAUAUGAUAUGGGCAUGAUGAUAAUAUAUUUAAAUUAUGUUGAGAUGAUCUCAAAUGCCGCAGGCGGUCUCCACAACCUCGCAUGCGUUCAUCAUUAUUGCAUUCUCUUGAUUUAUUUUAAAAAGAUAAAAGUAGAAUGUUAUUGUGAAACUUUUCAAUCAAUGCAUGUAGACAUUUUUAAUUCAUGAUAUAUAUAUACAAUGACAAUUUUGAGCUUUCAAUGUUUGUAGAAAUGCCCGAAUUCUGUAUUACAUCAAAUUUAAACGGGAAUCAAUAUUAUCGAUGUUAUUAAUGUACAGUAUGGAUCUUAGUUAGUAGUAUUUGACAAAUUACUUUUGUGUGUAUGUACAUAACAUAAACGGCACUGUUUGUCAUUUCACAUCACCAAUGAACAGCUCUGAACGGACUAGUUACUAGAUAGUUCUGAACGGACCUGUCUAGACCACCUUUAAUUAUAUAUCUGUAUGAACUUAUUGAAUAAAACAAAUGUAUUAAA